AUGUGUGUUACGUCACACAAAAUUCCGACUCGUCUUCUUCUCCCUUUUCCUUUUGCGCAGAAAUGUAAAUUCAAUUCUAUUCUGAAGCACUUUCUUCAGGAGAGUUUUAUUGUGGUGAACCCUGGAGCUCCGGAGCGGGAGGCCGUAAGCAGCUUACCCAGGCCAGAGUGCUCUGUGGGCGGCUGUGUGGGCGGGCUGCUUCUGGGGGUGGAGCUCCGGACGGAGAAACAGGCUCCAGGAAGCGCCACAACUCUCCCGAAACUCCCAGAAAACAGCUCAGUUCAGGCGGUCAAGAUGGUUGCCAAACAGCGCAUCAAGAUGGCGAACGAGAAGCACAGCAAAAACAUCACCCUCCGAGGCAACGUGACCAAGUCCACGAGGCCCCUGGAGGACAAAGGUGUUGGGCCCUGGCUCUUGGCUCUGUUCAUCUUUGUCGUGUGUGGAUCAGCCAUCUUCCAGAUCAUCCAGAGCAUCAGGAUGGGCAUGUAA